AGUCGAUAAGAAGCCGCCGUCAACCGCCGUCAAGAACCGCGAGGAGAAAACUGCUAACGAACAAAAUUCAAUCGCCCCCCGAAUACGCAGUGACUCGCUCGUCGUCCGCCGACACCCGUCCCACAGAGCAGCAGAAGCGUCCGUCAUGAAAUUAAUCGCAGUUUCCUUGGCAGCCGUUCUGGUCGCUCUGGCAGUCGCCGUCCAGGUAUGUACCACAGGCAGGAUUUUUCCGAACGUAUGCGUAAUACGUUACGGCUAAUGCUGGCCAUUGGAUAACGUCGGUGACUUUUCGCCCGAUAAAAACGAUUUCGCGCUAUUAGUUAGUUUCAAUAACAUUAUACACAACGGAUCGGCCUGUUAUCGAACUUAAAAACAAGAACGACGAAUUGCUGUGUUUGCAUGUUGGUUUUUUCCCGAUAUUUUAAUUUUUUUUUUUUUUUUUAAUAAAAUACGAGUACGUGAAGCAUUUUACAGUUUAAACAACUACGUAUCUCGUUUGAAAAUUCAAAUAUCUGAAGAAAGAAACCAACACGCAAACACAAACUAUGUGCUCGCCUAUUUAAGAUGGAUUCCCUUUAAUAUUAAAACCAACAUCAUGAAAAGUGGACAUUGUCCAAUUAUCAACAUUAGUCGUAACAUAUUACAUAUAAAUACUACGGCACAUCCCUCAUACACUAGAUAACUGCAGUAACGCGAAUUUACCGUGAAACAAGACAUUUUCGAAAAAAAAAAAAAAAACAAACCUAGUCAAAAAUCCGGAUUUACCGAAAUUCGAUAAUCCGGACUUUGGAUUGUGAAACUUUGGUUUUAGAUUAUUUUAUAGUAUUUAGCUAAUUUUUCGUACAAUGUAGGAACUAAUCAUGACUAAACAUUUAUUUAAUGUGAAAAAUUAAAAACCAAACAGUUAUUUACGAUAAAAAAAAAAAAACUUGAAUUUUCAAAUCCAAAAUUGGAAUUGUCCGAAUUUUAAGUUCGGAAUCCGUAUUUUCUGUUAAUCCGGAUUUAAGUCAACAUCACUAGUAAGAUAUCCAUAUACCUCUUUGCUGGCCUACCGCAGUGAACCCGUAAUAUUGCUAACUUAAUCUAACGCCGUUUUCGUACUUGUUACCACUCUUAUUUACAACAGUUUAACGGCGGUAGUCCUUUGAAGUCGUAAGUUUGCACGGAAACCACGGUUUUAUUUUUUAUUUGUACCCGCUUUCGGGAGCACGGUGAGGUCAGGUAAUUGGAAAUUCGCAAAAAAACCGCUCGGACAAUAUUGUUAUUCUUCGGCUACGUAGAUAAAAUCCCACAAUAUUAUCCGGCAGCUUUUUCCACGUCAUUAUUAUUAUAUUGUUCGCGUUGUCUUGACUAGAAUCCCGAAGAAAAAGAACACGGAAAAAAAAUCCAAAUGAUAUUUAUUUCGGAGUAAAAGCCCGAUCUAAUAACAUUUACAAACGUGAAUAAUAUUAUCCGGAGAUCCGAGACUUAUAUUGCGGGUCUAUACGGGUCGCGACGUCAUGACUUCCGUAUUGUUUGAGGACGAUAUCACGACAUGUUAUUCUAACGAUAUCAUUAUCGAAAUUUUUUAUGGGGGAAAAAAAACCGAUUUUUCUUUAUUAAUUAUUUACCCCGGUAAUAGCGGGUGUUCUUGAGAAUACACGCUACACCCGCACUUGCAGUUCCCGUCUUCUACAAACGUGCGGCGUAGCACAUUUGCGUUCAAUAGUUUACGCUGCUGGUUUUGAUAACAAUAUAUUGGAACGAAUAACAUAAUUGACCUAUUGAGAAAUUCAAAGACGAGAACAUUAUCGCCGUGCAACGUCGGCGCAAUUUUUUCGAGAUUUUAAUUGUUUAAAGAGAAUUGGAACGAUGACAAUUUUAUGAUGAUAAUGUUUUUGUCUCGCUUUGAAAAUAAAAUAUCGAAAAAAUAACGCCAACGUUGCACACAGAUAAUAAUGUUCUCGUCUUUCAAUUCCAUCAAUUCGCUCUAAUAUCGAAAACGAACAGCGUUCUCGCCAUAAAAAAAAAACAAAUAUUCAAACUGACUUUUUCCCCCGGAAAAUAUUUAAUUCGGACUUUUUGUCCGUGUCCUUCCCCCCCCCCUCGGUCCCCCGUCAUUAUUGUUAUUGUUAUAUUAUUAUUAUAUUAUCAUCGUCGUCGUUGUUACCCGUUAAAUCAGAGCUCAGACCCUUGUAAUAUAUCCACUUGUUACAAGAGCGCCGAGGUCCCGAUCACCACGGUCACGCCAACGCGUCUGCCUGUGUCGUCCACGCCGACCGUCCAGACGACGUACGCCAAGGAUCAUGGACAUCAUUCGCCGACCGCCGGUUCUUCCACCACCGCCGCCGCCGCCGCCGCCGCCGCCACCACCGCAUCCAGCAACGCUACUACCGCCGCUACCGCCACUCACCGUGUCCACAGCAGCACCAGCACGGAGCCGACUACCGCCAAGACAUCAUUCGCCGCCGCCACCAACGCCACGACGCCGAAAUCAACGGUAACCUAUAAGAACGAGAGAAAAAAAAAAUAUAUUACAAACGACACAAUAAUAACGAUACCUAUACUUUUUUCAACAAAAAACAAAUGGACAUACUUUACACGAUGGGCGGGCCACUGUUGUAGGUGAGAAGUUGGGAUGGUAGAGGGGAAAUUUAAUGUAUAUCCGUACGCAACGAUUAAUCAUUGCUAACGAAAAACGAUUCUGAACGGAGUUCGGUUAUACAUGUAUCUAAUGAUCGUAUAAUAUUUACGAUUUGAAAAUAAUACAUUUCGUAAGUUUUUCCGUUGUUCCCCAUUUAUUAACUACUGGGAAAAUUAAAAAAAAAAAUGAUUUCCUUUUAAUAUCGUUGUAAAAUUACUUCUCAGAAAAACACUAUUUUAAAAUUAUAUUUAAAAAAAUAUGCUUAUUUCGUUGAUCAUUCAAUAACAAAAAUACACCCUUGAGCAGCAAAGCUCUGUAAUUCGAUUAGAAUUGAAUAUUCCUCCACCAAUAUCUUGUAUCAUAGAAAUAUUUUUCGUUAAACAAUAAAUAAUCAAAUACUAUACUUUACUAUACUGUUUCAACAAAAAAUAAUAAUAAUAAUAAAAACAUCCAAAAUUUGAUCACUAAAAUAGUGGGGGGAGCGGCGGAGUUUUAAAAGUUAAACCCUCACCCAAGACUAACAUAUUAACUUAAUAUUAACAUCGUGCAUAUUCAAUAUUUCAUCCUUCUACCUAAGGGAUUUUUAGGCAUGUUUAAAUCUAAAAACUACCUUCCAUAUUGAAAUUCAACUAGACUUUUAUCAUUUCAAAACGCCUAUAAAACAAUUUAUUCCCGAGUUUGAGCGCAUUUGGUUCAGAGAGAACCUCAGUGUACAAUUGUACAAAAUUAUCGGGAAAAUUAUCUACUUAAAUACCUAUAUACGUACAACGGACACAGUAGCCUUUAUUUUCAGAUACGAUCAACUAAAAAUAAAUAUAAUUCGAUGAAAACCUAAUUGGUUCACUUUAAAAAACAUGCGUUAAUUCUUUUUGUAAAUUGAAAAUAUAUUAUUGUUGAAGAUAGGUUUGGCUAAGUGUCUACGGAUGUCUCUCUAGCGACACCGAGGAAGUUUUAAGGCUUUUAGAAAGAAACUAAUGGGCAAUGAAAAGUACUUAUUAAGAAAUAUAUCUAGUUUGGAUUUUACACGGGACUGAGGUAUACUGUAUUAAGACUAUAUUAAGAAGCAGGACACAGUAGAUUAAUAGAAUGCCUACGUAAGGUUAUAUUUCUGUCUCCCAUCAUGGAGAUCUGUACAUGCCUAUGAUGCGAUGUUCAUCGUUUGUGUGUUCUAGGUGGAUAGGGGACAUUGCAAUUUGGUCUAAUUUAAACGAAAUUCAAAAAAAAUUAAAGUUUACCAACUUACGUGUAAUAAAUUUACAAGUAGUCCAAUGACAUUUUUGACAUCACCAUACCUACUAUGUGUUUAUUGCAUAAUAAUUACUGAUGAUAUGGAACAAAAUUAAAAAAUAAAACGUUUUUUAUAAUCUCUAUGUAUGUGUGUGUAGAUAACCGGGCACAUUGCUUUGAAACAAAAAUUGAACACGAUCGCAGUCAAGUGCAAGAUUGAGUUGCACGCCCCCCAGGAAAUCAUGGCGUUGGUCAGCAACACGGUUGUGCCCCAGAACGAACAGCAGAGAUGCUAUUUGGAGUGCGUGUACAAAAAUCUAAACCUGGUGAAAAACAACAAGUUCAGCGUGGCGGACGGUAAAACGUUGGCACAGAUACGGUUCGCCGAUCAACCGGAAGAACACAAAAAAGCUGUGACCAUAAUUGAGACAUGCGAAAAAGAAGGUGAGUUGCAUCCAAACGGAUACCUACUUAUUGUCAGUCUCAUAAUCAAUAAUCAUUACGAAUAUACCUGUGUAUAUAUAUGUAUAUAUUUUGUAUUUAAAACGAACUGUUUUUCUGUUUUUAUACACAGCAAUUAUUGAUACAAAAACCACAGAGAAGUGUGCGGCCGGACGUGUGAUCAGAAACUGUUUUGUCAAGAAUGGAGAAAAGGCAAGUGUUCACAUGUUCAACAUACAAGUACAUUCAUUUUAAUUCUUUUAUUUUUUGAUUUUAGAUAAAUUUCUUCCCAAAAGCAUAAGUCUUGUAUCAUGAACAAGAAACAAAAAGUACUAUAGUUUGAAUAUAUCAGCCUUUGCGGAUGUAUUACAAAUAACAAAUGUAAUAAUAAAUUAUUUAAGUUAUGAUUUUUACGAAUAAAAAAAAAGAAAACCAUCAAAUGAGUUGUCAUUUUAAUUUCCUUUUAAUACUUGACUAAGUGUAUUUCUGUACAAUGAAAAUCAGUACCAUUUGCAGUAAUAUUAAGUUAGCAUUGCGUACACAGGUCUUCU